UGCCCUGCUCCGGAGCGUGAAAUCCGUUCGCCGUAGUCGCCGGACCUCAUCCCUCUGCCGUAGUCGCCGGACUUCAUCCCUUUGUGCAACAAUGGCGGCUUGUCGAUUAAUCAAACCUCUACGAAGACUCGCCGCAUCUUCUAUCUCCUCUUGCUCCAAAGUCCUAGCAUCGUCUCGGCUGCAGCCGUCUCCUAUUUCAUCACAAAACCGAACUUAUAUUUCUGAGAUGCGAAAAUCAGCUUUCGAAGGAAGAAUCCUACGAAUGCUUCGAGACGAGAUUGAGUAUGAGCUAGAUGGAUUUACUCCGGCUGAGAAAACCCCAGAGUUCAAUUCAUUUCUUAUUGAUGAACUUCCCGGAGAGCAAUGGAUGCUUUUGAGUAAGAAAUUUGGAGAAAGCGAAGUGAUAAAAGUUGAAGUAACGAUGUUUGAUGGAUCUGUGCGUAUUCGUAACUUCAAGGAUGUGGUUGAAGAUGAAGAGGUGAAGCUUCAUAUGACAUUGGUUAUUGAGAUUCUCAAAAAGGAAGAAGGCGAAACAUUAGAGUUUGUGUGCUUAGCAUGGCCGGAUAGUAUAGAGAUUCAGAAAGUGUUUGUUCGUGGUCAUGAACAAAAGGGACAUCCUUUCACUGGCCCUAAAUUCAAGGAAUUGGAUGACGAGUUGCAGGAUUCGCUGUACGAUUUCUUGGAAGAAAGGGGCGUAAAUGAAGAUCUUGCUGCUUUCUUGCAUAGAUAUAUGAAGAGUAAAGAUAAAAAUGAACUUGUUAGAUGGAUGGGAUCUGUAAAAUCUUUUAUCGAGAAGAAAUAAAAGUGUUGGUGAAAAUUGUUUAUUGUUGUUAUCUUAGCGACAACAAUACAUUAAGGUUGCACGUCCUCGUUUGAGAAUUGUAAUGUUAUUUUAGCGAGAUUGAAUUUGUUUGAAAAUGGAAAAUGAGAAGUGUAAUGUCAUUUUAAUGACAAGAUAUUGAG